CCUUGGAAGUUACCAUGUCUGAAUCCUUCCUGGUACAUUUCAUUUUGUGCACCCUACCUCAACAGUAUACACCCUUCAAAAUCUCCUACAACACACAUAAGGAUAAAUGGUCUAUUAAUGAAUUGAUGACCAUGUGUGUUCAAGAAGAGGAGAGAUUGAUAAUGGAAGAGGGUGAGAAGGUAAAUUUGACUACUUCUAAUUCUGGAAAGGAUAGGAAGAAGUCUGUAGGCACCAAUAAAGGAAAGAUUCUGACUCAACCAACAAUUAAAAAGGAGUCAAAGUGUUUCUUCUGUAAAAAGAAAGGACACAUGAAGAAGGACUGCCCCAAAUUUAAAAGUUGGUUUGAGAAGAAAGGGUAUGGAAAGCCUAAGGAAGCCAGUGGGAAGUGAGCAGUGCAUCUACUCAGGGAGUAGGAUGAGCUCACAUGUAGAGGUCAUUGGAACGUGCGUCUUAGUCUUAAGUAGUGGCUUUAAAUUACAUUUGGAGAAAGUUUUUUAUGUUCCUAGUUUCUGUAAAAACUUAAUUUCUGUUUCUAAACUUGCACCUUUGGGAUUUUAUUUUAAUUUUACAGACUUUGGUUUUAAUUUACUAAAUAAAUCUGAAAUUAUUGGUUGUGGUCAA